CGUCAACACGUGUGUGGGCUUGUAUGUAGCUUCAGUGCAGUCCGGUACGUGAAUAUCUGCAUGCUCGCAGUCUGAAGAAACAAAACCACCGUGUGGAGUUGUCUGCCUUUUGUCUCAUGCACAUAUGUUUUCAAACUAGGAUAUAUCGAGCGAUGACGACGUUCACUCACAGCCACCGUGGAGAAGCAGUAGGAGGAGGGCUGGGCUUCGUUUUGACGAUCUGACCCUGUGGAAACUGUGCAAAAGUUACCAGACAAUAAACACAGAGCUGCUUUUUUGUCACACAGAUGCAACACAGAGUGGAUUUGUGAUUUAAAGAAACAUGAUUUUGAGGAAAAUUCAACCAGGAACCUGCAGGGCUUGGCUGUCUCGGGUUUCAUUGCGGCAGGAGGUGUGCUUCUUCUCCUCUGUGCCCUCCCAUCCGGUGCCCCCGCUGGCCCACACCUUGCAGGGUUACCUGAGGGCACUGGAGCCCCUGCUGCCCCCCGAGGAGCUCCGCCACACCCGCAGGAUGGUGCAGGAGUUCGGCAGGCCGGGCAGCCUGGGUGCACAGCUGCAGGAGGGGCUGGAGAGGAGAGCCAGACACACCAAGAACUGGAUCUCAGACUGGUGGGUGCAGUGGGCGUAUUUGGAGAGCAGACAGCCCCUGCCUGUACACUCGAACCCGGCCAUCUCUCUGCCGAGAAGAGAUUAUAACGACUGGAGGAGCCAGCUAGUGUUUGCAUCCAAACUGAUCGCAGCGGUUCUAGACUUCAAGGCCAAAAUAAACAAUGGCCAGCUGCCAGCCGAGUACAUGCGAGGGAAGCCUCUGUGCAUGGAGCUCUACCCGCUCCUCUUCUCCUCCUGCAGGGUCCCCGGUCCCAAACACGACUACAUCGCCCGCCACGGCCGCUCCCGGCGCUCGCCAACACACAUCACGGUCGUCAGGAACUACCAGUUCUUCCAGCUGGAGGUUUACAACAGCGACGGCUCGCGGAUGACCGAGAGUCAGAUCCACGCCCAGCUGCUGAGGAUCAGGUCUCAGUCCUGGAAGACUGACAAGGAGCCGAUGGGCAUCCUGACCAGCGAGCACCGCCACACCUGGGGACAGGCCUACAACCGCCUGCUGAGAGAUAAACUGAACAAGGAAUCAGUGCGGCUGAUAGAGACAGGACUUUUCUCCUUGUGUCUGGAUUCUCCAGUGAUGAGGAUAUCAGAUGAGAAGUACGCGAGCCGUAAAGCGGCUCAGAUCCUGCACGGAGGCGGGACGUUCUCCAACAGCGGCAACCGCUGGUUCGACAAAACGCUGCAGUUUGUGGUGGGCGAGGACGGCUCAUGGGGUCUUCUGUAUGAACAAGCCACAGCUGAGGGUCCACCCAUAGCAACACUGCUGGACCACAUCCUGGAGUACUGUGAGAAACCAGACCCGAAGAGAGCGCCGCUGGUCCCUCUGCCGAUGCCCAAGAAGCUUUACUUUCACAUAGACCGAGAAAUCAAGAGAGACAUUGAGCACGCCAAGCAGAACCUCGAUAUAUUGAUCAACGACCUCGACGUCAACGUGUUCAACUUCAAGAGGUUCGGCAAGGAGCUUCCCAAGAAGUACAACCUGAGUCCGAACUCCUUCAUCCAGGUCGCCCUGCAGCUCGCCUACUACAGAGUUCACAAUGAGGUCUGUCCGGCCUGUGAUAUUGCUUCUCAGAGGAUGUUUAGAGGAGGAAGGACAGAAUUUAUUCGCUCGCCAACCAAUCAGACGCUCAUGUUCAUACAGGCCUUUGACGAUCCGUCUGUAUCGCGGGAAGCAAAACUGCAGCUGUUCAGAGAAGCGGUUGAUGCCUACACGGCUCUGACUGAGCUGGCACUUAAAGGACACGGCAUUGACCGCCACCUGCUCGGGCUCAAGCUGCAGGCCAUCGAGGAAGGACUGAGCAUUCCCAAAAUCUUCAUGGAUACAGCGUACGGGCUGGCAACGCACUGGAAACUCAGAACGGGGCAGGUGCCUGCCAACACGGACAGCGUGAUGUGUUUCGGGCCUCUCGUUCCCGACGGUUACGCCAUUUGUUACAACCCCCAGGCAGACCACGUCCACUUUUCCAUCACCGCCUUCAACUGCUGCGAGGAGACUCACGCAGAAACAUUAGCCGGCACCCUGAAGGACACCUUGUGUCAGCUACAGGAGCUGCUGCAGCCUACCGUGUAGAGCUGCUCCCACGGCAUGUCCAACAGGAUCAACCCACUCGUAUGCAACCGGGAAAAAGACAUUGUAUUUUCUUUCAUUUUGACGUCUUGGUGAGGCUUUUUUUUUUUUACUCUGAUGCCACUUAAUUCUGAAGUCAGAAGGCAGUGUCUCUGAGGUGCUUCUGAUGCUUUUUUUUUUUUUUAAAAAAAGCUUUUAAUGAAGCAAUAAAUCUUUUUCUAGCAAGAGCAGAGCAAGUAGGCUGCGUGAUAGCUGCUGCAGUGGUUGCGCUUGUCUCGUAUCAUAUCAGUGAUGAAAGCAAAACAAAAGUUAAAGCCAACCCGACACUCCAGCAUUAAUCGGAACAAGCCAAAGCGUACAUGUUGAAGGCGACUGCACUCCAUUUGCAAAUCAUGAGACGACCGUAGCCUGUCUAGUCACCUCCACAGAGAAUACACUACGUUUCGUGUCUUGCGCUCCCUGUGAUUUUGCAGGUUGACGAGUCUGUUUGAAAAGGACCAAAGGCCAGAAAGCUGGUUGUUAUUGGUAACAGCGCAGAGAAAUGACAGGUUGUUCCUCUCUGAGCUUGAAUGACCUGAUCUUCUGUUGUAUUUACUGUAUGUUGAAUUGAGUGUGAAGAGGCUUUGGCCCCUUCAGUGGGGCGUGGUGUUCUGCUCUCAGCCUGCAGGACUGGUUAAUAAAGCCUUUUAUCACAUGAU